CCAACCUUCGUCAACGCCCGCUCAGCAGACCUCAUCCUCUCAGACGUUCGACCGACAUCCAUCACGACCGAAGCCCUCCGAGCCGUAAACAUCCUCCUAGACGAAAUCCUAUGGCUCACCCUCGCCAACGCUCGUUCUCUCGAUACCACCAGAGUUAAAGUUGGAGUGUUGAAGAGCGUUACCACUCAGUUGGGUAAGGAUGCCAUUUUGGAAGCUGAGAUCGAGAUUAGGGGCGCUUUUAGUAGGGAUAAGAGGAUGGUGAUACCGGGGUCGAGGAUGGGUAGACCGUCUGAUAGUGUUCUUUUGGCUUUUCCUGUGCAGGAAGCUUUUGAGUUCCUCCGAUUAAAAUGCCAGCUCAUGUCGAGCUUUGCGGAAUUCGACGAGGAUCCUGAAUUGGAGGCAAAAUUGUUGGAGAGGUUGACUGCUAAAUCGACUGUACCCCUCGGUGUGGAACAGAUGGAAUCUUCGCCGCUUUACUUUACGGCUGUGAUAGAAUAUGUACUGUCGAGCAUCGCUAGGGUUGUUGCACGCGAUAGCAGUCGAACGACGGCUGACUUGACUGUUAUUUACGCUUCGUUGUGCGAGGAUCCACUUAUAUACCCGUUUUUCAAGAAUAUGAAAGGUGCGUUGUUUUUGGCUUGGCUUUUCAUCUUGAAUGUGUGUGGCGAUGGUGGUUUUUCUUUUUUCUUUUUUGGGCCCCCACUCCGCCCCGCCCCCUCCCCGCGCUUUCACCCUUGCAACUCCCAUUCAAUCCCACUCAAUGUGAAUGUGUGUGUGGCUGGGAAGGAGAAAGCUAGGGUUAAGGUAGGGACGGUACGGACAGAAGAUUGA